CGCCGCCUCCUGCUGCUGCUGCUGCUGCUACUGCUCCGCCGUCGCCACCACCAUCAGCCGCACUGCCGCCGCCUUCUCCUUCCCCCUCGGAUGUGAGAGCUUCAUGGUGCACUGGUGGGGAAGCUGAGUUUGUAAACUACCCCAAUGGAUGCAGAUAGUGAUGUUGCAUUGGACAUUUUAAUUACAAAUGUAGUCUGUGUUUUUAGAACCAGAUGCCAUUUGAACUUAAGGAAGAUUGCUUUAGAGGGAGCAAAUGUAAUUUACAAGCGUGAUGUUGGAAAAGUAUUAAUGAAGCUUAGAAAACCUAGAAUUACAGCUACAAUUUGGUCCUCAGGAAAAAUAAUUUGCACAGGAGCCACAAGUGAAGAAGAAGCUAAAUUUGGUGCCAGGCGAUUAGCCCGAAGUCUACAGAAACUUGGUUUUCAGGUAAUAUUUACAGAUUUUAAAGUCGUUAAUGUUUUGGCAGUGUGUAACAUGCCCUUUGAAAUCCGAUUGCCAGAAUUCACAAAGAACAAUAGGCCUCAUGCCAGUUAUGAACCCGAACUUCAUCCUGCAGUGUGUUAUCGCAUCAAAGCUCUACGAGCUACAUUACAGAUUUUUUCAACAGGAAGUAUCACAGUAACAGGGCCAAAUGUAAAGGCUGUUGCUACUGCUGUGGAACAAAUUUACCCAUAUGUGUUUGAAAGCAGAAAAGAAAUUUUAUAAUUCACCACCCAAUUGAUUAGGUUCCCUAACUGAGCACCUUUUAAAACUGCUGCACAUUGGACUCAAGGCAAAAGGAAAACUGGACCAACAGUAACUGAGGAAAUAGACUCUUUUAUUUGUUCAUGGCCACAGUGUAAGCUCCAGCCCCUUUGGAUUUUAUUUUGAACAGUGCUGUAAUGUAAAAAGUUUACAAGACGUGAAAUUGCUGCUUUUACAAAAGGACGUUCUAUUUAUUUUUGCAGUAAUUCUCGUGUCAUAAGCAGAGCUGUCACGGUGUGCACUACUUUUAAGACAUAUUUUGGUUGGGUUUUUUUUUUGUUGUUGUUGUUUUUCAUUUUGAGCUAAUGUGUUUUAUUUGUGAAUAGUCUUUUACAUUUUUGUAUGCUGAACAUGGGCACCAAAGAAGCUGUAAAAGUUAUCUUUUUUCAAUUGAUGAAUGUGUGCACAAAUAAAAGUUUGGAAAAGAUCUCUCCUCAUACCUACUCUAUUAUUUUUUUCUUCCCCAUUUUCUAUUUUAACUGAAAUUGUAUUACUCAGAAUUCAUUUUUUUAAACUAUGCAAACUUAGUCUUUUGCUGAAGUGUUUUUUGGCUUCCAUUUGAAGUGUAUUUUGUAUAUAUGCCACAUGUGUACAGUAUGUUCUUAAUGCUGUGUUACCAAAUGUCAGUUUUUCUUGCAAAUUAGAAAUUUUAAAAAAAUGUAUAUAAACUAUAGGGAAUAAGAGUAGAACUUUAUAGAUUAAACAUAUUGUCUUACAUUGCUAACUUAAUAUGAUAAGAGUGUUAAAUAUCUUUUGAGAGUUAAAAGAAGAUUAGUUUAAUAAAGAAACUCUUCUUACCCACAGAUUGGAUAUGAAAAAGCAGCUCUUUUGGGUUGCUUCUCAUUGUUACUCUGAAAAGCCUUCAGUUACAGCUGAAGGAAAGUGAUGGAGAUUCUCAAUUUAAGCCUUCACUACAGGCUCCUGCCAGUCUUGGCAGUUUGAUGAAGUUUGUAUGGUCAUGACAAGAAGUGCCCCCAGGCUGUUUCAUGCCUAUACCAUUAUAUACUUAGAAGCUCACCUUGGUCAUUUUGUGAGACAUGUCCUUUCUCUCUGAUUUUUGUCUUAUUUAAUGGAGCAUAAGGGAUUAUUUAGUUCAGUAAGUGAAAAAUGAUAUUAAAUCACUUUGUGAUCCGUUGUCCUCUUUGGCUAAUUCCUGCACAUUGGAAUGAUAAUUAUGCUGCAGGAAUGCCCUAUGACUUGAAUUUAACAUGGCUAACAGUGUUUUUAUCCUGAAAAAUAAAACUCUGGGUUUCCACAAAUCAUGGGAAACAAUAGGGAACAUAAUGCUACACCAAAAUAUGAGUGUAUUAAAAUGUUAUGAAACAUUAGAAUAAAUUAUUAAAGAUGUGAGCUCCAUUAAGUAACUUUUCCUGUAUAUUAGUGAAUGCUAAAUUAGGAUAAAUUGUACAAUUUUGUACAAAUGUUAUAUGUUCUUUGUGCCCUCUUUUUUCCUCUUUAUCAUUCUCCAUCCUGAUUGCCCUAUAAGAAGUGAAAAGACUGACUUCAAAAUAAAAUUCUUUCUUGUGGAGGUUUC